UCGUAGUCACAUAUGUUUAAAACGAUUCUUUUCGUCUCAGUUUCACGGCGAAUUAAUUUCACAGUAUUAUAGUGUUGCUAAUGAUAUACUAUAGACAGUCUACAAUUGAUAAAACUAUUCGAACGUUAAAGGUUUGAAGCAAAAAUGAAGGAAACUACAGUUGUUUGGGCCAAGCUAUUUCUAAUCCUCCUAAUUUUAGCUAAACCUCUUGGUCUUAAAGGUAACCAUGAAUGCAAGCACCUCGGAAACAAUUCGUGUUUAAGCCACAGUGAAUGUUGUUCUGGUUAUUGUUAUAGGGAACCCGGUUGGGAAUUGGGAGUAUGUAGAAAAGCACACAGUCCCGAGAAGCCAGUCGAAUCAAAUGGCAAAAAACACAAGGAGCACUCACAUGCCAGAAUAGAUGACAUUUACGAAAAAGGCGUUUGUGGGUAUUACUCAGGAGGGGAAAUUACUGCAAACGGUGAUGUGUUCGACGAAAACGAAAUGACCGCCGCUCACCAGACGUUGCCGUUCGACACGAUGGUCAACGUGGAGACCAUGGGUACCAGUGUGGUGGUCAAGAUCAACGACCGUAAGACUGCUGCGGACGGACAAGUAUUGCUCUUGUCACGUGCGGCGGCCGAGAGUAUGAACAUCGAUGAGAAUACGGGCCCUGUACAGUGUCAGUUAAAACUGACCAAAGUGGGCUGCAUUCCAAAUUUCGGAGACCCGUGUGUGAUGCACCACGAAUGCUGUUCACGGUACUGUUUCAAGGAAAUGUAUUCAGAGAAAGGGUUUUGCAUACCAAAAUAAUUAGACGAAAGCCGAGUUGCAGUCCGGUCUAGCGACGUUGAUUAGCCAGUGCAAACGAAAUAGUACUAUAAUCCGUGACUAAUUGAUUCAGUUUCCGCCAUUGAAUAAUAUACCAUACUUUAAUCAUAUUUAACCGCUCAUUAUUUUGGAAAUAAUUAUUAAAUAAAAACAUCUAUUCAAAAAUCAUCAAGAGCAAUGUAAUCAUUUCAUUUAAAAUAAAAACUAGGUACCUAUA